AUGGCACCGCGCAAUAUUCUGCUACUCAUCGCGGAUGACCUCGGCCGCGACCAGAUCGCGUGCUAUGGGAAUGAUCGCAUCGCAACACCCAACCUAGAUGGGCUUGCGGCAUCAGGGUCGCGAUUCAACAUGGCCUUUGCUAGCACGGCUUCAUGCAGUGGUAGCCGCACUACAGUCUACACAGGCUUGCACACACACGAGAAUGGCAGCUACGGGCUUGUCGGUGAGCGCAAUGGCUUCCAAACAUGGCCAUACGUCGAAACAGCUCCACAGCUCUUCAACCGGCUAGAGUACAAGACUGGCAUCUUGGGAAAGAUUCAUGUUGCUCCAGAGUCAAGUUAUCCGUGGCAGGUUAAGAGUGAGAGCGAGUCGCGAAACGUGGCGAAGACAGCCGAUGAGGCAGAGACAUUCUUCCAGCAGGCCAAGAAGGAGGACAAGAGCUUCUUCCUGACAAUUGGUUAUGUUGAUCCGCAUAGACAGCUCGCAACCCGCGGUGGAUUUGGCAACAUGGAUGGAAACUACGAUGCACGCCUCAAAGACAGAAUCUACAGUCCAGACGAAGUGGCUGUUCCACCGUUCCUCCAGGAUCUACCGGCUAUAAGGCAAGAGCUGGCUGAGUACUACCGGUCAAUCAACAGACUAGACCAAGGUGUCGGCAUGGUCCUCGAUGCGCUGGAGCGUGAGGGUCUUGACAAAGACACACUCGUCGUGUUUAUGAGCGACAAUGGUCCUCCCUUUGUCAACUCAAAAACUACGCUCUAUGAUGCCGGUAUUCGGCUACCGCUGCUCAUGCGUGUACCGGGCAAAACAGCAGGCAUCAUCAACGAAAAUAUGGUUUCGUGGCUCGACAUCCUGCCAACGUUCCUCGACUGGGCUGGCCACCCUGACCUUCCACCCGCCUCAACUUCAGCCAUACCUCGGCGAGGCCGCUCCAUGCUACCAAUUAUGGAUGCUGCUGAGAUAUCCUCGUUGUGGAAGCAGCACGUCUUUGGAUCUCACACGUUCCAUGAAAUUACCAAUUACUGGCCUACCCGAUAUGCGCGUACCAGGCGAUACAAGUAUCACCGUAACGUGUGCUGGAAACUAGACUUUCCUUUUGCCAUGGAUCUGUAUGCGAGCCUGUCCUUUGAGGCCAUGCGCAAUUCCCAGCCGCCCAUGAUUGGUAGACGAUCGCUGCAGAGCUACAUCUGCCGACCAGCCGAAGAGCUCUACGAUCUGGAAAGCGAUCCAGAUGAAGUGAAAAAUCUGGCAGAGGGCUCUGAGCACCGGGAGAUAUUACUUGAGCUGCGCAAGGCAACAGAGAGCUGGCAGAUGGAAACAAAAGACCUCUGGUUGUGGAAAGAUGGUGUUGCGUUGCAGAGAUUCAAGGAGUUCAACUAUGAGCGCGAGGGACUUAAAAUUCCCGACAAGCUGGAUUUUGACGUUGAGAAUCCUGGGACUGUCGGCGUUGAUACAGUGACGCUGCAUGGCGAUGGUGUGAGUCGGAGUGAGUAAUUUCUACUGGAGAUUGAACUGCCGUGUUUGGCUCAUAGAAUAGAUCAAUCAACCGGAUUGCAUAUAACAUGCCCGAAGCAAAUGCAUUUAGCAGUUAAAAAUGCGCUGAUCUAUGUAAAGGCUGCUGAGACUCACAUCAGGUCGUUACACAGACUUCCC